GAAAAAUUCAUUGAUCAAAUUGAAUUUGAUCCAGUUGGCACACAUGGUUUGAUUGGUAUGGUUGCUUGGAAACGUGUCUAUGUAAACAUAACAACUAGAAGUGAAGGAAGCUGGAUUUUUGUCGUGAAAAACCUAAAACAACAAUAUUUGCAACUCAGUAAAAUACGAUUAAAAUGAGGAAUUCAAGCGAUAUUUUUUGCUUGAAAGAGCCGAAAUGUGGUGAAAACGAUGGCAACCAAAUAUUCUCCGUGAACGGAUCGUCUUUUUCAAGAAUAAACAGGCGCCAGCACCAAAGUAGCGACGUCUUCCAGUUUGGUUUACCCCCAAAAACUGAAGAGUCUUCCAAAACUCCUGAAAUUGCAACUCCUGAAACUGAACAGUCUGAAACUUCUGAGAAAAGCGACAAGGAAAGCCCACAGGAGGAAAAACCGGAACCUAUUUUCCAGAAGGCCCCUGGAGAGCCAAAUGUUUCUUCUUCCAACAUGAAACGCAACCCCGUGACGGGUGUAGGUUUAGAAGCUGAUGAGAAACGUGGAGCAAGAAGACAUUGCGGUCAGCAAUCCGGCAAAUGGAUGUGGUGAAAUGAUUGUGUAAUUUUUGAUUCAAUAAAGGACAUGUGAAUUUUCUAA